AUGUCUCUCGAGGCUACAAUGAUCAUUGUCGACAAUAGCGAAAGCAGUCGCAAUGGAGAUUACACAUCUACCCGCUGGCAAGCUCAGGUCGAUGCUGUCAGCAUCGUUCACAGCGUCAAGAUGCGGGCACACCCACAAUCGGCCGUUGGGUUGAUGAGCAUGGGCGGCAAGGGUCCCGAGGUCCUCUCUACUUUCACGACAGACUUUGGCAGCAUCCUGGCUGGUCUACACAGAACCAAGAUUCAUGGCACAUCGCAUCUGAGCUCCAGUAUUCAAGUUGCAGCUUUGGCCCUGAAGCACCGCUCCGAAAAGUCGCAACGGCAACGGAUUAUCGUGUUCUCGUGCUCACCCAUCGCAGAAGAUGAGAAGACCCUUGUGAAGCUCGCCAAGAAGAUGAAAAAGAACAACGUCUCAAUCGACGUUGUGGCAUUUGGUGAUUUGGAAUCUGAUCAGACCAAGAAACUCGAAGCCUUUGUGGACAACGUGACGAGUGGCGACAACUCGUACCUCGCCAUCAUUCCUCCGGGACCCCGUCUCCUCAGCGAGGAGCUCCAAACUACCCCGAUCCUUGCCGGUGAAAGUGCCGCUGCUGGCGGUGCCGGCGGAGGCGGCGGUGAUGAAGCUGGAUUCAACUUUGAAGAUGCUGCGGAGAAUGACCCCGAAUUGGCCUUUGCCCUGCGACUCUCAUUGGAGGAAGAGAAGAACCGACAAGAAAAGGAGAAGCGCGAACGGGAGGCCGCCGAGGGUAAGACGGAGCUUGGUAAUAUCCCGGAAGAGAGCCAGGGCGAGUCAAGCAAUGCUCGGGAUAAGAAAGAUGACGACAAGAUGGAUACCGCUUAG